CAUCCGUCAGCCACAGACUGAGGAAGUCGUUUCACCUGAGUCUCAUCUGUAAUCUGCAUUGCAGCUGUGUUGUGGUAUUAAAUUGUGUCGCAGUACCAGACACAUAAUAGGCACCCAAUAAACGGAGCUGUAAUUAUUUAUUGUUUAAUGAUUUAAUCAUUAUUUAAUUUAACAUGCUCUUAUGCGGUGAGAGCGGAUCACGGGGCUAUUUGGUCUGCCGUCUUGAAGCGGAGGAAAGGGGAAUUCCUCGUUAGCUCGCGUUAGCUGUACGGCUCUGGGCACUUCCGCUAACCGCUCUGGCCUGUUUUCCCGUCUAAGGACAGAAUGCAAUGCAGCUCGCAAGGUGUUUGUCCCAAAGCUUAAACGCAAACACUCCCAAGUGCUUAACGCACGAUUCUCUUCCUUCUUCCCAAUCUAAUGGCGGAAACAUCGAACAACCCAUCAACCAACCCAGUCACCCCGGAAAAACAGAGCGAUCGAGGCCUCUGGCGGGCGCGCCAGUCGUGGCCGUGCUCCGCGCGUCGCAGGGAAACGGCCUCUGAGCGGCAAAAAGUCUCUCGACUCCGCAAAGCCUCUCCAGGCUCCGGGGUGCGGAGGUCAGUUUCCCACGAGGCCUCCGCAGCUCAGCGGUCGCCCUGGCAACCCCGCCUUCCGGCCCCCUUUGCCCCGCCUCCACUUCCGGCUCCGAUGUACGUCAUCGCCUUGCGACCGACUGGAGUUUCCGGAAAAGGCCGUCCGGGAAGUACCGUGUGGGGGUGCGGUCCCGGGUGCGGGAGGUGGGGCGCGGGGUUCACGGUCUGUUCUCGGUGUCGCCGGCUGCGCCCCGACUCAGCGCCGCCAUGGAGAGCGGAGGGCGGCCCUCGCUGGGCCAGUUCAUCCUCCUGGGCACGAGCUCCGUCGUCACCGCCGUCCUGUACUCCGUGUACCGGCAGAAGGCCCGGGUCGCCCAAGAGCUCAAGGUCAGUGCUAGGGCCUCAGCCGGGCGUGUCUGCCCGCGGCCUCAGCCGGGCGUGUCUGCCCGCGGCCGCGGGGACCCACAGCUCACCUUGGCCACCCCACAGUGGGAAGCCUGCAGAAGAGGAAGCCGGCGCCGGGACGGUGUUCCCCAGCCCCGCCGGAGGAGCAGGGGUGCGAAGUCAGGGAGCUAAGAAAAUCCACUUGGGUGAAGAUUUAAAGAGUAUUCUUUCAGAAGCUCCAGGAAAAUGUGUGCCUUAUGCUGUUAUUGAAGGAGCUGUGCGAUCUGUUAAAGAAACACUGAACAGUCAGUUUGUUGAGAACUGCAAGGGGGUAAUCCAGCGACUGACGCUUCAGGAGCACAAGAUGGUGUGGAAUCGAACAACCCACCUUUGGAAUGACUGUUCAAAGAUCAUUCACCAGAGGACUAACACUGUGCCCUUUGAUCUGGUGCCUCAUGAGGAUGGCGUGGCCGUGGCUGUACGAGUGCUGAAGCCCCUGGACUCUGUGGACCUGGGCCUGGAGACUGUGUACGAGAAGUUCCACCCCUCAGUCCAGUCCUUCACCGAUGUCAUUGGCCACUACAUCAGUGGAGAACGGCCCAAAGGCAUCCAAGAAACUGAAGAGAUGCUGAAGGUGGGGGCCACCCUGACGGGGGUUGGUGAACUGGUCCUAGACAACAACUCCGUGCGUCUGCAGCCCCCCAAGCAAGGCAUGCAGUACUACCUAAGCAGCCAGGACUUUGACAGCCUGCUGCAAAGGCAAGAGUCAAGCGUCAGACUCUGGAAGGUUCUGGCCCUGGUGUUUGGCUUCACCACGUGUGUCACCCUCUUCUUUAUUCUCCGGAAACAGUAUCUGCAUCGGCAGGAGCGCCUGCGCGUAGAGCAGCUGCAGGAGGAAUUCCGGGAACAUGAGGCCCAGCUGCUGAGUCAAGCUUCGCCUGAGGACCGGGAGAGUCUGAAGAGUGCCUGUGUCGUGUGUCUGAGCAGCUUCAAGUCCUGCGUCUUCCUGGAGUGCGGGCAUGUCUGUUCCUGUCGUGAGUGCUACCGUGCCUUGCCAGAGCCCAAGAGGUGCCCCAUCUGUCGGCGGGAGAUCACCCGGGUGAUUCCCCUGUACAACAGCUAGCGGUUCUGCAGAGCGUGGCUGCACUUGGAAGCCGCCCUCUCCGAGUGGGGAUUCAUUCUUGAGGCCUUUCGAAGAGCAGCCAUGGGGGUAGCUCUGCCUCCGGGUGUGACUGAGUGGAGUCUCUCCAGACCCACACCUCCACCAGCAGAGAGCCUUUCUGACCUCCCCAGAGCAUCUAGAGGGGCCCCACCCUGGGUGGGUUCCAAGGCCUGGCAUUUUUUCCUAGGAACCUGCUGGGGGUAUGUAUGUGUAUGAUAAAGCAUCCUGUCACCUCAGCACCAAAGCCACUGAUCUUUUCUGGUGACUCUUGGUUGCUGCAGACCUCAGAGAGGAAAGGCUGAGCCCGGGGCCUUCCAGAGCUGUACCUGCAGAGACUGCCCUUGCUUUCUUCCUUUUGCUUCCACCGGGGAUAAGGUCUUUCUUCAAAUUGUCAGGCUGGGCAGGUCACUUUUGUCUUUCCCCUCACCUGCUUGCCUCCCAAAUGUGUGCACACAUGUGGACAGGGCAGGAGGGGGUGAGGUCAGCACAUCUGCUUCUGCCUACACAGUGGGACACGGAUCAGCAGACACCAAGAGGUGUCUCUCGCUUGGUCUGACAGCCCUGCUGGUAUCUUCACUGACCAAGGGCGGGACACAGAGAGCAGACCUCUGGCCCUGAUGUGGAGCUGCUGCAGCUGGGCAGGCCUGGGUAGCUCUGGAUUGCCUGACAAAGGAUGAGCCCAAAAGGCCUCCGCUGAAGGAAGCAGUGAGGGCACAGCCCUCCUGACCCCUAGCUCUUGCAGCUUCUUUGUGGCAGCUUCUUUGCUUGCUUUUGUCUAGGAAAAGUAGCCAGCUGGCACCCUGAGCUCUGGGCCUCUCAAGCCCGCCCCUUGACCCCUGCCUGGGGCCAGGGCACAAUCCCAGCACCGUGUUCCCUCUUACCCUCCACUCCUCACACCCCUGUGCUGAGCCUGUGAGUGCAGGAAGAAUUGGGGAGCAUCCUUCCUGCCUCUGAGUGGCCAAGAAUCGUGCACACAGCUCUUAUUUCCCUUCUGUGUCCUUGAACAUUCAUCCCCUGCUCCUCCUCUGUGUGGGGGGAGGGGUGCUCUCAGGGGGCUGACACUAGCCAUAAGCAGUGUCCCAUGUGAACAGCACAAAUUAAACAUUGCGGCCUUG